UUCUUUGGUCGAACCGGAGUCACCAAACGUGUAUAGCGCUACCAUGGGACAGUGCCGGGAAUCGAAUGCGCAGUUGCUCGACACCUUCAGGAACGCGUUCGCCCCGACGCUAACCAGUAACACCGACGCAAGCGACGACACUCUUCGAGCCCCGCGGUUCAUCGACAUUGGAUGCGGUACCGGGAAUUUCACCAUCAACUAUCUUCUACCACGCUGCUCAUCGCAGUGCCAGGAACUUUUGGGCGUCGACAAUUCGCCCGAAAUGCUGGAAUACGCGCGGAUCCAUCACAGCCACGAGAACAUUCGUUAUGAGCAUCUCGACAUCGUUGAAGGCGACGUGGACAAAUUUGUGACUCAGCACGGUCUCUUCGCGCGUGUGUUUUCUUUCUACUUAAUGCACUGGAUCACGGACAGAGCUCGAGCCAUGAGAAACAUCGAGAAGCUGAUGGAGCCGGGAGCAGAGUGCUUUAUCGUAUUCGAGAACUGUAUCCCGAUGUUCGAGGUGCUUAUGGCCCUGGCAGAAUCUCCACGGUGGAAAAAGUACGCAGAGGUUCUUCUAGAGAAGGUGCCUAGAGCAGCUCGCAGCACGGACAUUACUUACUUGAGGUCGCAGUUGCUGGGUGUCCUGGAAGAGACGAGCCUAAAGCCUCUCGCCUGCGAAGUACUGAGCUUGCCAGUGGUCAAAAUACCGAAUUUAGAAGACGCAACUGACCGGACAGUUUCCUUCAACCCCAUCUACCCACUGAUAGAAGACGAAGAGAAGGAUGAGCUUAUUCACUCGACGCGUAAAAUACUCGCCGAGAGAGCUCAAGGAAUUGCUGAAGGCCGGGUACAGAAUUACCGGCUUACUUUCGUGAUCCACGCUUACAAACCAACAACAAAGACGAACAUAUCCACUCCACCGCAGACCAAAUAA